UCACUACACUACCGUCUCUUCAAAUGGGAAGAAUGGGGAUCCCUUUAAUUCCUGGCGGUGUCCACUUGAACGAGAUAUCUCCCAUCUUGUGCUAUAUAAAGAGCAAACUUUGUGUUACCUUCACCAUCCCUGGCUUGCAAACAAUGGAUCCAAUGGGAAUGCUUAUGAUCACAUUGUUCUGCUUUAUGGCCUCUCCUCUUCUUCCUAAUGUCCAAGCAAAAUUUUUUUACAGGCCUCCCCUUCAUCCAGUUUAUCAUCACAAGCCUCCACUGCUCCCAUUUCUAUCUCCCCCAUCACCUUCCUAUCAUUACAAGCCUCUUCCUCCACCACAUGUCUAUAAGUACAAAUCUCCACCACCGCCAUCAUACCCCUACAAAUCCCCUCCCCCUCCUUAUGUGUAUAAAUCUCCAUCACCACCUCCGUAUCUCUACAAAUCCCCUCCCCCUCCUUAUAUAUACAAAUCUCCACCACCACCUCCUUAUUAUUACGAAUCCCCUCCCCCUCCUUAUCUAUAUAAAUCUCCACCACCACCUCCAUACCUCUACAAAUCCCCUCCCCCUCCUUAUAUAUAUGAAUCUCCUCCACCACCACCAUACCUCUACAAAUCCCCUCCCCCUCCUUAUAUAUACAAUUCUCCACCACCACCUCCAUACCUCUACAAUUCCCCACCCCCUCCUUAUAUAUAUAGUUCUCCACCACCACCUCCUUACUAUUACAAAUCCCCUCCCCCUCCUUAUAUAUAUAAAUCUCCUCCUCCACCACCACCCACAUACUCCCACAAAUUCUCUCUAAAUUCUUACACAUACACAUCUCCACCACUACCUCUCAACACCCACAAAUCCCCACCACCACCCCUGCACUAUUACAAAUCCCCUCCCCAUCCGUACAUAUAUAAAUCUCCAACACCACCCCCACACUAUCCUAAAUCCCUUCCACCUCCCCCAUCUCCAAUCUACAAAUACGAAUCCCCUCCAUCCCAUCUUAUUCACAAGAACAAAUCUCCCCCUCCACCAUCUCCAAUCUACAAGUAUAAAUCCCCUCCGCCCCCAUCUCCUACUUACAUUUACAAAUCUCCUCCACUUCCACCUCCAUCUCCAUCUCCAUCUCCACCUCCCCCUCCUCUCUACAAAUACCAAUCCCCCCCACCACCACCACCACCAGAGUAUAAGUACACUUCACCCCCUCCACCAGUUUACUAAGGAGCUAAAACAAUAAGUUGAGAUUUCCAUAUACGUGCAGGUUCAAAGCUUGAUGGAUAUUUGAACAGCUAUAUGGAUUUCAAUGUGUUUUUCAGUACCAGUAACUAAAGAUAGUAUUGUAUUAGGGUUUCAAUUAGGGCUUCAGUCUUCAGAAAAAAAAGUGUUCCAUUUUGCUGUAAUAAAGUCCUGAAGCUUUUCCCAGUCUAGCAAAAUAAAAUGCUGCGAUAUCUCUAUAUCCAGAGCUGAUUGCACUCUCUCUGUAAUAUAUUUGGUUAUCUAAAUGAAAUCUUGCUUUUUCCUUUU